CCCGGCCUUUCUGGGGCUCGAGGCGCCGGUAAUCUCGGUUGCGCUGGGGCGGCGUGCAAGGAGCGGAGGCCUCCCGGCUGCCUCUUCCCCUCAGCGGUGGAAGGAGCGUCUGUCCAGUCUGGUUGGGGAGGGCGGAGCCCGGCGGGUCCGCGCGCGGACACAGGGAGACGCCGCGCGGCCCGUGGGUCAGAGGUCGGCCCCGCGGCGGUGCCUUGCGGGAGUCGCGGGUCCAGAAGCCGCGCGGGGAGGGAGCGCCCUGCCAGAGGCGGCACUCCCCUCGCUAGGAAAACUGAGAAGGAAGGAAUGGCUGUGGAUUUGCUGCCCACCAAGGGGACAGAGUCCGUGACGUUCAGGGACGUGGCCGUGGUCUUCAGCCGGGACGAGUGGCUGCGCCUGGACUCUGCACAGAGAAGCCUGUACCGGGAGGUGAUGCUGGAGAACUACGGCACCCUGGUCUCGCUGGGGAUUCCAUCCUCGACACCGAAGGUGAUCUGCCGGCUGCAACUGGGCGAGGAUCCCUGCGUGCUGGAAAGGGAAACCCCUCAAGACGCCUGUCUGGGUUUCAAGACUGGGCCUGAAAUGGAAGCUUUGCCUCCCAGACAGGACAUUUCUAUAGAAGAAACAUCUCAGGGGAUAAUGAAGAAAAAGUCCAUGAAGUUUUGUCAGUGGGACAUCAAUUUUGGACGGACAUUGGAAUCAGAGAGCAGGACAGAACAGCAGCAGCAGAAGACAGCUCUUCAGCAAAUAGUGGCCUCACACAAAAAAACCGUGAGUGGAGAUGUAAAGCAGACACGUCUUGAAUUGGGGAAAGGUUUACUUAUAAAUUCAAUUCUUGUCACACAACAGAGUGUUCCCAUAGAAAGGAUACCCAAUAUAUAUUACACUUUUGGGCGAGAUUUUAAACAGAGGUUUGAUCUAAUGAGAUGCUUCCAGAUUUACCCAGGAGAAAAACCUCAUCUUUGUAAUGAAUGUGGGAAAAGCUUCAGCCAGAGUCUCCAUCUGAUUGAACACCAGAGAAUUCACACUGGCGAGAAACCCUACAGAUGUAAUGAGUGUGGGAAACCCUUUAGCCACAGAUCGUCCCUUCUUGCCCAUCAGAGAAUUCAUACUGGAGAGAAACCUUACAAAUGUAAUGAAUGUGAGAAAGCAUUUAGCAGUAGCUCAACCCUAAUCAAACAUGUGAGGGUGCACACUGGCGAGAAGCCCUAUCAGUGUAAGGACUGUGGUAAAGCCUUUAGCCAGUGUUCAACCCUCACCGUCCAUCAGAGAAUUCAUACUGGAGAGAAACUCUAUAAAUGUGCUGAAUGUGAGAAGGCCUUCAACUGUAGAGCGAAACUUCACAGACACCAAAGAAUCCACACAGGGGAGAAACCCUAUCAAUGCAGUGACUGUGGGAAAGGUUACAGCCAGCUUGCAUCGCUGGCUGAACAUCAGAAGCUUCAUACUGGAGAGCAGCUGUGUAAAUGCUUGGAAUGUGGGAGAACCUUCACACGCACCUCCACCCUUAUGGAACACCAGCGAAUUCAUACUGGUCAGAAACCCUACCAGUGCCACGAAUGUGGGAAAGCCUUCAACCAGUAUUCAUCCUUCAGUGAACAUCGCAAAAUUCACACUGGGGAGAAGCUUUACCCGUGUGGAGAAUGCGGAAAGGCCUUUGGUUGCAAAUCCAACCUUUACAGGCAUCAAAGAAUUCACACCGGAGAGAAACCCUACCAGUGUAAUCAGUGUGGGAAAGCCUUCAGCCAGUAUUCAUUCCUAACGGAACAUGAGAGGAUCCAUACUGGCGAGAAACUGUACAAGUGCAUGGAGUGUGGGAAAGCCUACAGUUACAGAUCAAACCUUUGUAGACACAAAAAAGUCCAUACUAAGGAAAAACUCUAUAAAUGGAAGGAAUAUGGGAAGCCUUUUAUCUACAGCUCCUCCCUUACUCAGUAUCAGAGCUUUCUCAGAGAUAGUGAGCCCUGUGAAGUUUAAUUCUUCUCUCAGAUAACUCAAGACUCCUCACUGGAGAAUAAUAUAACUAGGGCACUGACUCCAGAUUAGAUUAUGACUUUUUUUUACUUUGGGAGGAAAUAUGCUAGUUACCACUAAGUCAUGGUAAGCUUGAUCAGUGGAAUUGUGAAGAGCACUGAUGUGUCAAAUUUUAUAAGAACCAUUAAAUAUUAAAUGCUAAGGUUAUGAAGAACAUAUAAUAAUUUUUUAAUUCAUAGAAA